AUGCCGUCCGGUGACGGCGCUCCAUCGAACCCUACAAACGGCACACCAUACCACGCAGCUGUUGACAUUGACAAUGCAAAUCAGCCUCUUCUCCACCCAAGUUCAACGAACCGUCCUGACAUCAACCGUGACACCAACAACGAGGACGACGACGUGACAUCAGAGACGUUUCAAGACGAAACAUCUAUGAAGCUAGAAAAUCGAGACGAAGGCGACCUCGGUCGCGGUCGCGGAAAUGGUGGCCGUGGAGGACGCGGCGGUCGCCUGAACUGGCAUGAACAAGGAAACUACGCAAAUGAAGAUGAGAAAGACUACAACGAAGACGUGUUUACAGUCGAGUUGAUUGAGCAUGCGGGCAUAUACCGCGCCGUGAACGAACCCAGCACGGACGACGACGACGACUUCGCCAGCCUCCACGAAGAAGACGAAUGGGAAAUGGUGAGCCACGAGCUGCUCUUCUCCACUGCAUCGUACCAUGCAAGCGCGGAGUGCGGCUCGCUGACGACCACGCCAUUCCUGUCAACAAGAUGGGAGAAUGGGAAUGAUUUCAAAGAAUACGAAGAGGACGGUUACCUUCCAAACCUCCUCUACGUCCCGACACUUCGCAAGACACUGCUGUCGAUCAGCCGCAUCACGCGGCACUCCGACGAAGCGGCGAACCAAAGCAAGCCCCAAAACAAUCACAUGCAAGGACGGCGUGAGUGGAAAGAUGGAAUUCAACAACGUACCAAAGAAAGGAGAUCGACCCCUCCACAAGAUUGGGACAGUCUCCACACCGACUUGUGGGGACCAGCCAAGACCAAGUCGCCGAACGGGUCCGACUACUGCAUCGCCUUCUCUGAGGGCGCGACCAACUAG